AUGGUCAAGCUUUACCUAAAGGGCUUCGCCAUGUCACUUAUCCACUUGCCAGAGAUUUCGCAAUCAGUUCUCACUUUUGACCUUUUCGCAGGAGUGAACUUACUGGCAAAGCGAACAAAUGGAGCCACACCCUCACGGGGAAAACCGGCGCAAAGCCGCUGCGACCUCGACACGAAGAAGAGACUUUUCGUCUUAUACUCCGACGGCUGUCCCCAAACCGUCUAUUAUAAUAGUGGCAUUGGCAACGUAACCAGCAACCCUCACAAAUUUGUUGACGCUAUAAUUGGCAGGGGAAUUUCAGCGAAGAUACGCAAUGCCUACAGUUUCCUUGCGCACAACUAUAACUUCAGAAGAGAAAGCGAUGAAAUCAUUCUUGUUGGCUUCUCACGAGGCGCUUUUGCAGUCCAGUGCCUCGCAUCCCUAAUCAGCCAGACAGGUCUGCUCGAGAAGCAAUACCUAUACUACCUCCGGGGUUUGCUCACGCUGUGGGCCCACCAGAAAAUUAAAGGGGGGUCCAAUAAGCUCGCGGAGAAAGUCCAAAGACUAAAGGACGCGGAGGUCCUCCGCAGUAUGACUAUCGCCGCCUGUACGGUGUGGGAUACUGUCAGCUCCUUAGGUCUCCCAAUAGAGCUACCAUCGCGAGCACUCUCGUUUGUUGGAAAACAAGUACCCAAUCGUGCCGACCAUGCGUUCCAGGCACUAUCACUGGACGAAAAAAGAUCGAAAUUCAAGCCUUAUCUGUGGGAAUACAUAGAGCCUGGGGAGCAUAGAAUUAUUAGCGUGAGCCAGUGUUGGUUCUUGGGAGCUCAUGCAGAUGUAGGGGGCAACGGAGAUGCCGCCCUCGGAGCAAUGACGCUCUUAUGGAUGAUUGGGAAGCUGCAUGACCGGGUUGGUGUUCUUUUCAAUGAGUCCGAGAUUGCGAAGCACCUCAAACAUAAGUGCCUCGAGUGGGAGUUUGCUAUUAACAAAACUUUCGGAGUUUUCAAGGAGACUAGGGUUUUGUCCACUAUUUCACAUUCAGGACAAGCUGGCGAACCGGGCUGGUGGUGGUUCUUUCUUGGCCGCCAGCUUCCAAGUGUCCCCGCCGAGGUUCACUUCUCAGUGCGCCUCUCAAUGGCGUCGAAACGGAACAAAUGCCGCAUACUAGAGACCUGGAAGACGGUGCACGUUUUGAAUAAGGUACAAUGGCAGUCUAAGGACCGGCUACGGAAGCUCGAUGAGCACACUCUAGGACAGCCGAGCUCUGAGGACAGGGAGCACGACCUGCUCUUGAAGUGGUGCAAUCGGGAGUUUCCACCAAGGACGAAUCGACUCGAAUUCGUCGAGCUGUAA